AGCUGCUCUGACCCCGAGUCGAGCUGCCAGUGGUCACGGCGUGUUGCGGCUCCGACUUGAACCAAGAUCUGGUGACCCAGCGUCCAUGCCGCCACGCUCUUUCGUCAGAUCACGGCACGCGCACUGCCUUUUGGCGUUUCGGUGACGAUCGACGACGAAAAACAGCUCACGUCAAUUCUGCGCCCACUCGCUCCACGGUCAUUGUUCAGGCUCGUACACAUUCUCGACCCGAGCCUCGUUCCCCAAGCCGUUCAUGUGUAAUUUCAGCCUGGCCGGAGAGAUCCCUGCAUGCAGGACCGCAACUGGCGCCAAUCGAUUACGCUACAGUCCGUGCUAUCCUAAGCUCCACUCCCGGAACUCCCCCUCCAGAGCGUACCGUCGUUAUCCUUCUGCCUUGACAAUCUCACAAUCUGUCUUCUUGCCCAGAAGAAUACUUGUCCUUUUGAACCUUCAGGCAUAAAAGGCCACUGGGUCUAUUGUUCAGCGCCCAAACCCCCAUAGGCACCAGUCGCCAUGUUUUCCGUUAUUGCGGAUUUGCUCACUACCGUCACCACAGUUCUCUUCCCCAUCUUCGCCUCAUACAAGGCACUUCGCACCUCGGACCCGGCCCAACUGACGCCAUGGCUCAUGUAUUGGGUCGUGGUCUCUCUCUUAUUCACCGCUGAGAGCACGCUAGGCUUCGUCUUGAGCUGGAUUCCUUUCUACUCUUGGCUCCGACUUAUGCUACACCUCUACCUCGUCUUACCGGGCAAGCAAGGCGCAACCCUUCUGUACCAGGAGUACGUGCACCCCUUCUUCGCGGAACACGAGAACGACAUCGACAAGUUCAUAACAGAGGCACAUGAGAAGGCCAAGGCAGCCGGGUUGCAGUAUCUUAAGCAAGCUGUCGAAUGGUUCAAGGUGAACGUGUUGGGCAUGGAAGCAAGACCCCCAACGCCACCAGCACGCCAUCAGGGAAGCUACGCUCAACAGCUAUUUUCACGCUUCAACCUCCCCUCAGCACGGGAGGGACUUGCAGCCCCCGCCGGCGACUUCGUCUCCCUCCUUGCCUCUGCUCUACAGUACACGACAUCCACUGGCGGCAGCCGCGAGGCCCAAGCACAGGAUCUCAGCGCGUCCGGCACGCUUAUUCCGCGUGAGCUGUCCACCAAUGCUGAACGCAUGACCUACAUAUCCACACAGCGCGAGCGUCUGCGCGUGCUCCUCUCCGCCUUCGACAAGGAAGCGUAUAACUUAGCCAGUGCGCCGCCUGACUCUGAGCCGUUGACCAGAGAGAGGAGCACCGGUGACCUCAGCAAGAGCAGGAGUGAGGCGGACUUUGACAAGAUUGAAAAGGACGAGGUACAGUCGAGUGCUGCGCCGGGCCAGGGCAGCUGGAUGCCCUGGAACUGGUCGAAAGGCAACCCUCAGACGGAGGCGUGGGCGAGGGACAAGGACGCACCUCCUCAGGGCAAGUCUUCGGGGGUGGACGUGGGACUUUAGAUCGUCAUGGACUACGAAAUCUUUCUUCUGUCGACUCGCCUCUUGUGUAACGGAUUUACUACACCUUUUGUAUAUGAUUAGACGCUUGUAUCGCUAGAUUAUUGUUCUCACGACGAAGGGAUACAGAACUGGGAGAUAUGGCGCCGAGAACGACGAUUUCAAUUCUAGUGCGGAGUGGGUAUAUGUCGCCAGGACAAUGCAGACACAUCUACGUCUAUCUUCAUGUACAUGCGCUUCCUAGCGCGACUGGAUAUAGAAGAGCACAUUGCACUGCUCUAUGCACGUGUUAUCAGUCCUUCAGGAACGUCGGGCAGUCAACUUUCAAGUGACUAAAUGCCUAGAUCUUCUGUCGAUCUGCUUCCCGAAUCAUGUGCCUUGGAUGUCUG